GCUCGCGCCAAAACGGCCCCGCGCCAAAACGGCCCAGUCUCAUAGGGUUGUUCCUCGUCGGGUGAAGGGUCUGUGAAAAUUUUGGAGAUGCAUCGUUAUGAGGCCGGGUUAACUGGGGAAAAUUAUUCUGGGAAAAAUAUAAGCUGUAUUUCUCUGUCUUAAAGUGGUAUUUAUAAGAAAGGGUGUAUGGAGAACGGCCAAAGGUUGGACAUUUUUUGACAUUUUGGGCAUUUUUUCUGAUUGGACAUUUUUCUGAUUUUAAAGGCGUAUUCUCAACGAUUUGCGUAGCUUUGCAAAAUUGGACGAAAAACGAAAUUUACGCUUUAAAGAUAAAGAAGAAAAGGAAACAAAUGAAUUGUCUGUUGAUGUUCAAACACGUCUUAUUUUGCUUAAAUGGAUUAACAGUUCUGAAAUUGAUCGGGUUGAAGGUAUGAUUAACAGGUUUUUUUUCUUACUCAUUCCCCAAUAAGAAUAUCAAAUUGAUCUGAAAAACUAACAUAAGAGAACUAUUGGGCUGACUUUUAAAAAUCAGAAUAAGCAUGAAAAAAAUAUGGGAGGGGACGAUCACCGGUAAUUUGUGAGGGAAAAUUAAGGCUAAAAAUGGUUGACAAGGAACCAUCUUGAACUUCGACCAAAAAUUUUGCGAUGAAACAUACACUAUUGUGUAGAGCAUGGUCGAUAACCUAUUGCCAAUUUUUGGCUUUUUUGGCCCUGACACCCAAAUCGAAAAGUUAUAGGGCUUCAAAAAUUUCGACUUUUGGAGCACCAGGGAUUUGGUAAAAAAUAAUCAAGACUAAAAAUGGUUGUGAGGGGGAUUGGGAAUGACACACAAAAAAUAGGGACGUGUCAAAAAUAGAAAAUUGGGUCACAUUUUCACUACAAAGGUAUUAUUGCAACUGGAAAGGAAUCGGCUGUUUUACAUGCUGUUUCUGAUGGAUGUUCAAUGUCUCAACAAUGUGGUCAAAGUUCAAAGGAGGAUAUGGAUGUUCCCUCGAACAUUGGUUCUGGUCAAGUGCAUUACGCCGUCAAGGUUUAUCGAACGACUUUAACCGGUUUCAAAAAUCGUGCAGAAUAUGUAAAGAAUGACUUUAGAUUUAAAAAUCCUCGUAGUGUAAUGAAAGUUUGGGCUGAAAAAGAAUUUAUGAAUAUGAAAAGACUACGUAGAUCAAAUAUAAAGUGUCCUACUCCAAUUAAAUUGAAAAAACAUGUUUUACUAAUGUCAAUGAUUGGAAGUUCAAUACCCGCCCCUCAACUUAGAGAAAUUCAAUGGGAAUCAGAAGAAAUGAAAAUUGAUGCUUUUGCUCAAGUUCGACAGAUUUUGGUUCAAAUGUACAAGGAAUGCAAUUUGGUACAUGGCGAUUUGAGCGAAUUUAAUUUGUUGUACCACUCUUCUACUGUUUAUGUAAUUGAUUUGGCUCAAGCAAUGGAUUUGUCUCAUCCGUCUUCUCUUCGUUUUCUUCACAGGGAUAUUAGUAUAUUUUUUUAUUUUUUAUGGGGGGCCUCCUUAUAG